GGCAAUACAUGUAACACACAAAUCAAUAUCAAUCGAUUUGUCAGUUUCAGUUUUUAUUUUAUUUUUCUUUUUGUUUUAGUUUGCCGUUUUUGAAUAUUAUUUAGAUUUUUCUUUUUUGUAUGUAUUGGUUUUGUUAAUAUAAAAAACACAAAAUCACAAAUUGUGAAAGUCUUCCCAGCAUUAGGCUAAUUGAUAAUAUAUAAGACUAUAGCUGAGCGUAUUUGUAGAAAAUUUAAAUAAGUAUGUCUGAAAAUUGUAAAGAAAAAGUGGUUUUGCCUCACCAUGAACAGCAAAAGCUUUGCACAACACGGCUGCCGUAUCGCCAAGGCAGAAAGUUAACUGCUGUAAAGACGUACACAGUAAACAAUGAAUCUAAUCACCUGCUAAUAUUUGGAGUACCUUCCCUAAACCUUCGUCAAGAGGUCAAGUCCCUAUUUGCAAGGUUCGGGAAACUCCUACAGUUCAACAUUAGCACCGAACACCCUUCGGAAGUUUUUACUGAGACUUAUCAUGCAAGAUUUGAGAAAAUACAAUCUGCGAGGGUAGCUAAGAAAUUGCUUGACACGAAAAACUUUUACGGUGGAUCAUUGCACGUUUGUUAUGCGCCUGAAUUUGAGAGUUUUGAUGAAACAAGACAGAAAAUACUGAAAAGAAAGCAAGAUGUAUUAUUCAGAUUAAAAUAUUUAGAAAUGGAAGGUAUUAGAGAGAAGAAAAUGAAUGCCAAAGACAAUGUAGAAGCAAGUCAUGAUAUAGUUGUAGAAAAUGAUUGUAUUGAGAAAACAAAUAAAAGGACUAUGAAUAUGGGUGAAGUUAACACAAUUAUUGUCAAUAAAAAGAAGAAAACCAAAAAGAUGAAGCCCACACCAAUUUUUAAUGAAAUUAUUGAAGAUGAAACUUUCGGUAAAAAUUUUAGAAAUAAUUUUAAUUUUAACCUUAAUCCCAGUUGUAGUGAAACUAAGGAUUCAAGUUAUAGGAAUAGUGGUAGUAAUAGUGAAAAUAAUUCACAUGUAAAUGACAAAAUAAGUAAUGUAGUGACAAAAAGAGGUAAUGAAGAAUUAGAUAUAGUCGAUUUUACUUCAGCAGAAACAGAUGUUGUCAGUAAUAUCAAUGAAGCAUUAUGUUAUAACCAAUUUGGCAAUGAAACUAUUAAGAAAGUACCUUAUAAGCCUGUCAAUAAGAUAAUAUUUAAUAUCAAUAAUAAAAAGAGCUAAAAUGUAUAAUUUGUUUUAAUAAAAUUCCCUUGCUUGGAGAUUUAUUGGUAAUUAAAAAACAAACUUAGUAAAAACAUUUUUUAUUAAAUUCAAUCAUGAACAAUUUUUUGUCAUAAAUAAAUAUAAUGCUUUAUAAACUUAACAGUAUGUAACAUAUUUUUUUUAUUACAAGUUUUAAUUAUAACUUUAUACACAAUAUUGUUGAACACUUUACUAUGAUAUUGUGUUUUUCUAUGUGCAGUCUCAGAAGGAUUUCUUUUUUGUACUGUACAAAUUCUAAAACUUUGUCUAGGUUAUGGGCCCAGACUUAAAAGAUGAAAUUUACAAUUUUACAUAGCCUACAUACCUAACUCAUGGAUUAAAUAAAACAAGCAUGUCUCCAAUUUAAAUAAAAAAUGUAGCAUUUUU